AUGUAUUCUGCGUCCAAUUCAUCUGACUUGGCGGCAGGCUUGUCAACAGGAAUAGGUGCCAAUAAACCUCCUACCUAUACGACUGUUGGAUCGGUGUACAAACCGAAAGGCACAACACCACUCCAGCCGCCGACUCGCCGCCCGAGAACCCGCCGGUACCCUCAGCCCGUCCGAUCUCCCUCUGGUGGUACAUUCAUGAACUUUCCCGACGAGUUGUUGUCGGCAUUACCAAUCGAGGAUCAAGCCCCCCCUUCCCCCCCUUCUACGGCAUCCAUCCUGCGACAGUACUCGCCCCUGCAGCAGAACUACGAUCGAGCAUCCACCCCAGUUGCAGAGCGUGAGAACACCGCGUUUACCGAAUUCGACAUGUCGAUGCCGAGCGUUCGGUCGGGGAACCUCCCCUCCCCAACCGACUUCGAAAGCAAUGACAGCGUUGCUGCCGAGGACACAUUGACGUCGCGUAUCACUGUCAAGGGGCUCACCAACCUAGCGUCGUACCCAAACCCCAUGCAGAAGGCUGCCCAGAACACGCUGGCAAGAGCUCGGGCUGCUAAUGUUGGCCCCAACCGUCCGGGGACUCCUUCCUCACUCCCAUCUACGACUCCAGAUAUGUCCAAGGACCGCUUCUUCAACACGUAUAACACGAGGCCGGCCGUAGGCCCGCCUCAGCCGUUGAAAGCGGGCCCGCCUGGCCAGCGAGCGUUCAAACCGACGACGCUGGACGCCGCGUCCAGGUCCCUCCGCGCUGAGGACCAGGUGCCACCGGCCUUGUACCAAUCUAGAUCGCCAAUUGGUUUCCAAUACAAUCACGAGGCCAACAUCCUGGUCGCCUUCGAUGACGAUGAUGGAACCAAUAGCUCAACUCGAGGAUCUCAAUCGCCUUUUGACGAGAAUUAUCACGGCUCUGUCGCUCGUAACUCUGCUGAGAUUGCUGGUUUUGGGGGCAUCUCAGCCCCGGGUCCCUUUGACACAUCUUCCGAGGCGCCAGACGGAGGCAGACGGAAGGUUUACGAUACGCUCCCGCCUGAGAGAAUCAAGCAGUACUUUCCGAGUGGGUUUCCAUCGAGUUACGAUGGAAAACACAGGCCCGUGGGUGAUGAUUGGGCUACAAAGUACCCUGUUCCCGAGGACAGAUUUAUGCAGGAGAGCUUCUCGGAACGCAUGGCCAAGAUCAACCGCAACUUCUAUGCCGGUACAGAGGGACUGGUCAGGAACCUGGAACAAAUCGUACGUGACCACAACUAUCGCUGCUUGGAGAACAAAGUCGGCGUCAUUGGUGAGGAGCGCGAGCGGCUCCGCGGGAGCCACAUUGAGAGACUGGGAGCCGAUGGCAAAGUCCAACUGCCGAUCCUGAGCGUUGACGAGGUUGAAAAAAUGGAUGAGGCCGAUGUCGCAAAGCCGCUGGUCAAUAUGGCACUUGCCACUUUGCUGUCUUACAAGGAAAAGAGCGAGUCUGGAGUUUCGGGACUGAACGGGUGGCCUAGCAGUUUUACCAAAGCAGACGACAGCUUGGUGGACGCCACGGAUGAGGGCAACACGAGCUUUUUCAGCAAGCCGAAGGACGACUACUUGAAGAGAAAGAAGAUCCCCAAAAAGGUGAGGCGGGGGUACUGA